AUGUUGAUAUCACCUUAUCUAAUUUCUAAUUCUUUUGAAGAAUUCUUCUAUGAAAAUGCCCAAUGUUCUCUUCAAAAAACAGAAAAAUGUGUUGAAUCUAAUAAUAUCAAAGAAAAACAA